CAGUUAGAUAAAUCGACUCAGAUAAUCACCUAAAUAAUCGGCCCCCGACGUUAUCAACUGAUCCAGAAACGGACGGAGACUUGUAUUGUACCAGUUCAUAGUUCGCCUACCCCUACAGUAAUCCGCCUCAACGCCCCACACACGCCAUGCCGUUUACACAGGGUAGGGGCCCACUGCUUUGCUGGGUGUUGAUGACGUCACUAGUCACCCUAAGCAUCGCUCAGCCUAGUAACUUAUACACAUGUACCCCCAAUCCAGGAGUCAAACCCACCGUAGCCUCAGAACCGCCAUUUCCUACUGUUCCUAACACAUUUUCUACCAAACUGGAGGCCAUUAUAGCCGACCGUAACAUGACAGUGUCCGGAGAAGAGUACUUCGACUAUAACAACAACCGGGCCGCCCUCUUCAUGCUUAAUGGCGACCAGAUCAGCAAACUCAUCUUUGAUUACAGCACAGAGGAACUCUUCUACGUUUAUCCAAACAAUACAUGCAAAACCACAAACCUUACAACGGACGAUAACAAUUUGCUGUUUGGAAACUUAGAAAACAGAGGGGGAAUGCAUGUGUUCACAACAAACGGAGCUCUACACUUCUCAAAACUAUACGGUCAGACAUACAUGGGCAAGAAAACGAUUCGAGGAAUCAGUUGCGAUUAUUGGAGAACCUGCCUUACCUGGGCCCCGCUGCAAUCAACAUUUACCCUGGAUUAUUACUUCACAGACAAAGAUUGGUUGUCCUCCUCUAAUUAUAAACAAGUUCCGGUUCGAGCAGAAAUCUUUGGCAUGAAACAGCAGGAUGGAGCCUCCCCUUAUCAGUUUCACCAUAUUUACGAUUACACAGAUUUUACGACAACUCUGGACCCACUUACGACUGUCUUCGAAACUCCUCAUUUUGUGACCUGCAAAAACCGAUUACAACUUCGAAGUGUGCCUUCAUUGCCCAAGGCUUUCUCAUACAGAGAGGAAAUCAUAUCGUCUACAGGAACUACCAAAUACGCUGACGUUUGGUUUGACAUGGCCUAUAAACUGAUGCGCCUGGACUAUCGCCCGAGUUCUGGAGCUCCUCCGUACUAUAGCAACGACCCCAUCACGGAAGUACACGACUACACUAUAGGCGUUGCUUACGCGAUAGACCGAGUCAUGCAGAACUGUUCCAUCAUUCCACUACAAAACACUUCUUUUGAUGCGUCAGUUACCAACAUCUCCAGCGGUGCAACAAAGCAACAGUUUAUUCUUAAAAUGAAGAAUCCCCAAGAUUUAUUUUACCUGGACAACAACUAUACAUAUACCGGAAGGCGCAGAGCACGUGGUUUGAACUGUGACGUUUUUAUCCGUACAAGAGACGACUACCCUCUAGGUCCGUUUAAAGUCCACGCUAUACUAGAGUUCUAUUUCCUUGCCAAUGACCAGAAGGAACAAAACAACGCCGGAGCCCUGACCCAGACCUCCAAAGACGUCCCUGUGCAACUCAGCGUUAACAUCCCGGGGGAGAUGGUAACGAUGACAUAUAACUUUUUCAACUUUGACCCCGAGAAUCCAGAAAUCACAAACUUUGACAUCAGUUCCUGUUUUUCGGAUAGUAAAAAGAUUUCGUUCAAAAUGCAAUACCUAGUUCCAGGGAUCUUGGAUGCAAAUGUGCUUUCGUACAAGCAGAUAUUUUUGUUCCAAACCAUUUCUAAAGUAGCUCAAGCGGCCGGGGUUACACCUCUGAGAAUCGCCCAGCCCGUAAUGUAUAUGGACAGUUCCCAUGCCUACUUCCUGGGUACACUGCUAGAAAAGGCACCUUCCAUAAGUAGAUAUCAGAAGAUUCCGGGGAAGGUGGUCCAGGCCCACAACGACGCCGUGUUCACAGGGUUCACGUCCGCCGGGGACUGUGCGGACCAGUGUCAGACGUUCGGGAACUGGAGCUGUAACAGCUUUGAGUUCUGCGCUGCAUCAAAAACGUGUACACUGAGUAAGAUACACACGGCUGAGGGGACACAGGUGGGCUCCACUCAGAGCUGUGACUUGUAUGACAGAAGCAUUGGAGGUCCUAGCUUUUCUGAGGUCCCUCUGAACACUGCAUGGAACAACCUAAGGAACUCUGUUGUGAAGAAACAACUCCAAAUUCAAGUUCAGUUUGAUAAGAAUGUGAAGACUUACACCGCGGACACCAUUUCCAAUAACGUUGUAGCUAACCCUGACGUGACCAAAGUUUCAACAACGGUGAUGAACAAUUUCAAAGUGAUGCCCAAUAAGUUUGUCAAGCAUUUCGACAACGACAUCCUGUCUAAGGUCUCAGUUGACGAUUGCGCACAAGCCUGUGUGACGUCACUGACAUUCGUUUGCAAUUCGUUCGAGUACCAGUACGCCACUAGCUACUGUCUGUUAUCCACCCUCCACCCUGACGAGAACCCGUCCAUGAUAACGACAAACAUUGGAGUGGAUCUCUACAUCAGGGACUACUCCAACAAGUUUGUAGAGACCGCAGGAACAACCGUGUUGUCUUCAUCCAACACAAUCUACCAGGAAAUCUUGGACACUAACCAAUGCGCCAAACUGUGUAUCGAUUACAUGGGAUUCAACUGUAAAUCGUUCGACUAUUGCCCGGAUAUAGGGACAUGUUACCUGGGGAGAUCACACGUGUAUGAUGUUCCAAAAGCCCAAAUUCAGUCAAACCCUAUGUGCAAUCACUGGUCAAGGAAAUACUUGGACGAUUUUGUUCAAAGCCAAUCAAAUGUGAAUGUCAAGCUGAUAAAUGACCGGAUCAUAGCAGGUGUAAGCGUGUUUCAGUGUGCAAAAUCCUGCGUAGAAAUGGAGGGCGGAAGUUGCGCGACAUUCGCAUACUGCAGCGAGGUUAGCGAGUGUCGACUGAGUACAUCAGCACUAAGUAAUGUAGGACAGACCGGGCCUGAUGCUGUCGCCACCUGUAAUAUAUACAGCAGAAAAUCAUUUCCUGAUGGCACUACAUACAUUGCCAAUCCACAAAAGUAUUAUGGAAACAUUGCAGCAAACUCCCAGAAAGGUUAUUCAAAAGGUGGCGCUGCCGGGGUUGCUAUAGUGAUGGUAUUAGUUGGCGUUAUUCUGACAGCCUUAGUUCUAUUUUUGUACGUCAAGUUCUCAAACAAAGGCGGUGACGACAUGACAAUCAAAUUCUCUCGCCAGGUGGAUGAUGAGUAACUGCUCACGUAAGAUGGUAAAAAUGUUAACCCACCGCGCCGUCCCGGGGUAGAUUCCGGAUACAUGCAUUAAAUCUGGACUUAAUUACCUCAAACGAGUGCUUACUUGAUACUGUUUGUCCGUGUGUUUGUCACAUAUAUUUGUUGCUACUGUUUUUGUAAAUCAUUAAUUCAUUUAAGGUAUGUUAAGAUGUUUUCAUGGAACUUCAUAGUUAUAAUGACAUUGUUUUAAAAAUUAAAAAUUGUUCUUACA